AUGGAUGAGCUACUAUCAUCUCUAAUUAAAUUUCGCGUAAAUGAAGAGUUAAAAAACAGUAGUAAUAUUAGUGAUAGAUUAUUAUAUAUAGUUUGGAAUAAUAUAUUUUUAAGAAAUGAAAUUCAUAAACAUAUUUUAAAGUUUAUUAAACAUAGUGUUGCAAAUCUUGAUAUAUCAGGUUAUAGCAAGUUUAAAGAUAAAUCAUAUAUAACAAUACUUAAGUGGAGUAGUGAUACACUUCCAGAUAAAAAUGAAUUUCCACCAUUUUUGACAGAUUUAUAUUUUUGUGUUUUCAAAAAAGUUUUAACUUUAACAACUUUACCAAAUACAAUUACUACUAUCAUAUUUAAUGGUGAUUUUAACCAAGUAGUUCCACCUGGCACAUUGCCAAAUAGUCUCACAACACUCACAUUCGGUGGUGGUUUUGACCAAGUAGUUACACCCGGUACAUUACCAAAUAGUCUCACAACACUCACAUUCGGUUAUCAUUUUAACCAAGUAGUUCCACCCGGCACAUUACCAAAUAGUCUCACAACACUCACAUUCGGUUCUUGUUUUGACCAAGUAGUUCCACCCGGCACAUUACCAAAUAGUCUUACAACACUCAAAUUCGGUGAUGAUUUUAACCAAGUAGUUCAACCAGGCUCAUUACCAAUUAGUCUCACAACACUCUCAUUCGGUGAAGGUUUUGACCAAGUAGUUCCACCCGGCACAUUACCAAAUAGUCUUACAACACUCAUAUUCAGUUAUGAUUUUAACCAAGUAGUUCCACCCGGCACAUUACCAAAUAGUCUCACAACACUCACAUUCGGUGGUGGUUUUAACCAAGUGGUUCCACCUGGUACAUUACCAAAUAGUCUCACAACACUCACAUUCGGUGAUAAUUUUGACCAAGUGGUUCUACCCGGCACAUUACCAAAUAGUCUCACAACACUCAAAUUCGGUGAAUAUUUUAACCAAGUAGUUCCACCCGGCUCAUUGCCAAAUAGUCUUACAACACUCACAUUCGGUUCUUAUUUUAACCAAGUAAUUCCACCUGGCACAUUACCAAAUAGUCUCACAACACUCACAUUCGGUGAAUAUUUUAACCAAGUAGUUCCACUCGGCACAUUACCAAAUAAUCUCAAAACACUCAUAUUCGGUUAUUAUUUUAACAAAGUAAUUCUACCCGGCACAUUACCAAAUAGUCUCACAACACUCACAUUCGAUUACUCUGGCCACCACUUCCAAAACACUCCUCCAACACCAUCACCAGUAUCAUCUAUUGUUAAUCAAGUUAUAAAUAGACCAGGAAUUAACCAAAAAACGAAAAUCGAGUAA